AUGCCGAAAUAUCGGCGGAACGCCGUCGUGAUUGACUUUAACGUCAUGCCGGUGAGGCCGGACAUUGAAUCCGUUUCGAAGUUCAUCACCAACGACCUCAAACUUGACCUUAAACGUUUAAAAAACGUUCAACUCAACAACACCCGAAACCACGUCAUCAUCGAGCUAGGAUCGCCGGAGGAAGCUUCGGACCUAGUCGACCACCAUAACCUCAAACACAAGGUAGGAUGCAGGGGUCAAGCCUUCCGCAUACCUGUUUUCCUGGAGGACAACUCCAUCCAAGUUCGCGUCCACGAUUUGCCGCCGCACUUGCCGAACGAAUUAAUCGCCACUCAUCUCGAGGCCUACGGGGAAGUCAACUCCAUUCGGAGAGAGGUCUGGCGGGACAUCACAACCACCAACACCAACACUACCAUCACCAAUACCAUCAGCAACAGCAAUAGAAAAAAGCAACAGAAUCAGAAGAAACACCACCUAAAACAGCAGCAAUAG